AUGAAGGACAAAGAAAGACAUCUAGCUCGGUUUCUUGACAUCUUCAAGAAAUUGGAGAUUACUAUGCCCUUCGGAGAGGCUUUACAGCAGAUGUUGCUCUACUCUAAAUUCUUGAAGGACAUGCUAACUUGGAAGAGCAAGUAUAUACAUAGUGACACCAUUGUUGUGGAAGGAAAUUUUAGCGCAAUGAUUCAAUGCAUCCUUCUACCCAAGCACAAGGAUCCCAGAAGUGUCACCAUUCCUUGCUCUAUCGGUGUAGUUUCUGUUGGUAAGGCUCUUAUUGAUUUAGGAGCCAGCAUUAAUUUAAUGUCGCUCUCUAUGUGCUGGAGGAUAGGAGAGCUGGAAAUAAUGCUAAGAAGAAUGAUGCUGCAGUUAGCAGACUGCUCCAUCACCAGGUCGUAUGGAGUUAUAAAGGAUGUUUUGGUCCGAGUUAAGAACUUCACUUUCCUAGCUGAUUUUGUUGUCAUGGACAUUGAAUAA